CAGAGGGAACGGAAUGCCCAAUUGCGACGGAGAUUAUCCUGUACGGACCUUGGAUUUGGAGUGUGGAUACGCACCUACCUGGAGGCAAAGCCGUCCGGGAUCAGCCGCUCCUCCCAGCCCUGCAGGACCCCGGGGCCGUGCAUUGGGACCCCCGGGGCGUGGCGAGGUCUGACCGGAGCCCCCGGGAAGCAGGUGGAGCAGGAACGCCCGGGCUCCCCCGCCCCUGGUGCCGUGCAGCAUGGUCCUGCGGGAGUCUCCGUUCCCGAACCGGCUCCUGAGAGGCCUGUACAGCCUGGGCCAGCACCUGCUGUUCCCCAGCUACUGGGCCACUGACGGCCUCCUGGACCUCAGGGAGACCACGGCGGAGCGGCGCCAGCGUCAGUGCUGCCCCCUGCGGGCGCUGGUCACCAUCCCCUUGCUGCUGCUGCUGCUCAUCCUCUCCAUGCCCGUCGCCCUCCUGGGCCUGCUGCUGUGGCUCCCCCUUCAGGCUGCCCGCAGGCCCUUCGCCUACAAACACAACAUGCUCUCGCGCCAGCCAGCGGGCUGGGAGCUGCCGGGCACCGGCCAGGCCUUCAGCUUUGUCAGCGCCAACGUGUGCCUCCUGCCCAAUGGCCUGGCCAAGAACAGCAACCUGGGACAGAUCAAACAGCGCGUGGCCCACAUCGGCCAGCGCCUGACGCAGGGGGAGGCCAGCGCCAGCUUCGCCAGCCCCAGGAGCCGCCAGUUCGACGGGGACGGAGGGGCUGGGCCCGGGGAGAUCUCGGUGCCCUUCCCGCCGGACGUGGACUUCAUGUGCCUGCAGGAGGUGUUUGACCAGCGGGCGGGCGCCCGCCUGUGCCAGCUGCUGAGCCCCUUCUACGAGCACAUCGUGUACGACGUGGGCGCCUAUGGGCUGCAGGGCUGUUGUACUCUCAAGGUCUUAAACAGCGGGCUCUUCCUGGCCAGCCGCUACCCCGUGCUGGCCGCCCAGUACCGCUGCUACCCCAACGGUAUCCGUGAGGACGCGCUGUCUGCCAAGGGGCUGCUCUCCGUGCAGGUGCAGCUGGGGUCAGCACAAGGGCAGAGGAUUGUGGGCUACCUGAACUGCACACACCUGCACGCUCCAGCGGGUCACAGUAUGUGUUACGGAGCCCAUGCACAGAUCCGCUGUGACCAGCUCACCAUGGGGCUCUCCUGGGUGCAGCUCUUCCAGGACACCCACGCGCAGCACGGGGACGUCGUCGCCUUCGACGUGUUCUGCGGGGACUUCAACUUCGACAACUGCUCCUCAGGGGACGAGUUGGAGCAGACCCAUGACAUCUUCCGCCAGUACCAAGACCCAUGCCGAAUGGGGCCCAGGCAGGACCAGCCCUGGCCCAUAGGCACCCUGCUGAACUACCUGGAGAUCCACGAGGAGGCCGUGUCGACCCCAGAGAAGCUGAAAAGGACCCUGGAGCAAGAGGAAGGCAGGCGGACGUACCUGGCGGGUCCCAUCCUGCGGGACGGCCGCCCCGACCCCUCGGCAGCAGGGAGCCCCUGGAAAGGGCGCCGCAUCGACUACAUCCUGUACCGCGAGCACCCCGCCCCCAUCAGCCUGACAACGGAGGUGGAGAAGUUUUCCUUCAUCACCCAGCUGGCCGGCUGCUCGGACCACCUGGCUGUGGGGCUGCGGCUGCUCCUGAACCCUGCGCCGCAGUGACAGCAGCGAGUGUGAACCCCGGUGUCCG